UCCGGAAGACGUGGCGGCUCUCUCUCGCCUGGGCUCUCUCCGGCUUCCUUGCUCCCGACCGGGCUUCUUCGCCCCCAGGACCCCCGAGGUGCUCUCCUCUCCCCGCCGCAGCCAUGAUCUCCUUAACGGACACCCAGAAAAUCGGAAUGGGAUUAACAGGAUUUGGAGUGUUUUUCCUGUUCUUUGGAAUGAUUCUCUUUUUUGACAAAGCAUUACUGGCUAUUGGAAAUGUUUUAUUUGUGGCUGGUCUAGCUUUUGUAAUUGGUUUAGAAAGAACUUUUAGAUUCUUCUUCCAAAAACAUAAAAUGAAAGCAACUGGAUUUUUCCUGGGAGGUGUGUUUGUUGUCCUUGUUGGCUGGCCUUUGAUAGGCAUGAUCUUUGAAAUUUAUGGAUUCUUUCUCUUGUUCAGGGGCUUCUUUCCUGUUGUUGUCGGUUUCAUCAGGAGAGUGCCAGUCCUUGGAUCUCUCUUGAAUUUACCUGGAAUUAGAUCAUUUGUAGAUAAAGUUGGAGAAAGCAACACUAUGGUAUAACAACAGUGAAUGGAAGACUUAUUUAAAAUAUUGUGUUAUUUAUAAAAAUCCUUUGAAGAAUAUCCAGCACAAAAUUAAAUUACGUGAAAUAGCCUAUAAUGUGCUUUACAGAAGUUUAAAAACAUGUAGCCUACAAAGUACCAAGAGCAGUUAACCAAGAAGCAGUGAGAACUGGCUUCCAAUCAAGUGAACUAUGAAGAAGCGAGAUAAUGAAGGAAGUGAAAUGUAUGUUACAGCGCCUGUGGAAAAUCUUGAAGACAUUUCUCUUAUUUUCUGCCCUGUGUCUGGCACGGCCCAUCCUUAGGUGCCUUUUUCUUUUCUUUUUUUAUUUGAAGGGACAGAAACACCCAGAGACAUGCUUUUGAAAGACAUUCACUGUGAUGACAAAAAUAUUUCCAGUUGCGCUGUUUCUGCAAGUGAUGCAUGAAUUAGAUUAGGUUAUGUCAUUUCAGUGGAUUAAAACCAAGGAAAGCCCAGUGUUGAUAAAUGAAUCACCUUUCUCUUCCCCUGCCCCUUUUUUUUGGGUAUGAGGUUAAAAGAAAAAUUUUUAGUGUUUUUUUAACUUGUAUUUAAAACUAGAUGAAAAGCUGAACUUUAAUAGUCUUCGUUGAAAUACGCAAAGGUCAUUCUUUAUUAGCUUGUAACUUCUGAAUUAGCGUUUCUUUUCGUCUUUCAGAGUCAAAAACUUUCCCUAGAAAUAUUCUACUUUCUGACCUAACUACCUAUAUUACUUGUUACAUGUAAGCAUUUAAUAGAAACCAUUCUUGGCCAUGAUUUAGUCUGUUACAUAGCUUGGUUCAUAGUUUUUUAUUUAAGGUAUUAAAUGAUGCAAACCAAA